AUGAACAAAACACGAGAAUUGGCCAUCUUCGAGUACGUCCUCAUCGUGCAGGUCAAUCCAUCGACGGGGCAGCCGUUCAUCGCCUAUCGGUACCCGCCGUCGACAGACCAGGGGGCAAAGGACUCCAUCUCCGGCCCCAUCAUGCGAUUCUGCUUCCCCGAGCUCGAACUCUCCGACCAGAGCAAGAAGAAGGACAAGAAGAAGAAACUGCUCGGGGGAAUGGGUGUACAGCAGAGCGAGACGUUCUCGUUCGUGUUGACGGACUCGGACGGCUCCCGCAAAUUCGGCUACUGCCGACGCAUGCGCGUGCCCAAUCCCGAUAAGCCAAGUGACACCAUCAUCGAAUGUCAUUGCAUGCUCAGUCUCUGCACUUCGUUUACGCUCUUCCGGCGCAUAUUGGACAUCGUCGAGGAGCGGCGGAAGGCGUCGACCAAGCCCAAGCCCACCGCUGUGUUCUCCUUCCUGCAGUCGGUGCUGGCCAACAAGUUCCCGGACCCGGGCGAGACCAUCACCGUGUAUUUAGUGGAUUUGGAUAAGGGGACCUUCAUCAUCAGCCCCGGGUUCCCGAGCGUUCUACCCGCACACGAGUUACGAACGCUCGAGAUGAGCCUCGAGUCCAUUGUGGCUUCCGGAAAGAAGGGACGAGCGUUCGACCUGGACGUGGCGGCGGCGUUCCUGGACUUCUUCCAGAGCAUCCUGUCGGGCUACGCCCAGUUCAUGCGGAACAACAAGCUCAACGUGCAGGCCUUCCGCGAUGCCCAGCCGCCGGCCAUCAAGUCAUUCCUCGACCAGUUCGAGGCCUCUCAGAUGUGGUUCAGCUUCAUCAUGGAACGGGAGACGAUGUCCGAGAAGGGCACGCUGCGGAACUGCGUGCUGCUGAAGGCCCAGACGCACACGCCGGUGGCGCACAACCAGAUGGAGCAGCAGCCGGCCGUGUUCGAGGUCUGCUGCAAGUGCGGCUGCGACGUUGAGGGCGACACGCAGGAUAAGGACGGUCGCCCCAUCUGCAUGGCAUGCCUCGAGGCCAAGGACCGCAAGGGCCUCGGCAUGGGCGGCUGGUUCAAGAAUUUGCGCGCCGAGAGCGGGUACUUCGGAGCAGGUGAGGCCGCGGACGAGAGCAAGGCACUGAAGUCCAAGGUGGGCAACGUGAGCAAGCGAUUCGGCAAGAGCAAGGAGAAGCCCAGCAGCAGCAGCAGCGAGUCACAGCAGCCCUCGCCCGCAACCACGCCGAGCAAUGGCGCGUCGGCGCCGCCCUCGCUCACACGCGGCUCGCCC